UAAGACUACCAUAGACAGACACUUCGAAGCACAUUCGUUUCAAGAUUCCAUUUCGAUUCAUUUCGAGUGGUUUACUGAUUUCACAUUUCAGAUUUCAGAUUUGUUCUUCCACACCUUUCAGAACGAUGACGGCGUCUGCUAGUGAUAUUUCAGAGAACGGCAAAGCUACAAUUGUGGCACUUGCUCCACUCGAAGCAGUAUUAUUCGAUGUUGAUGGAACUCUUUGUGAUUCAGAUCCAAUCCACCACAUUGCUUUUCAAGAAAUGCUUCAAGAGAUCGGUUUCAAUGGUGGGGUUCCAAUAGACGAAGAUUUCUUUAUUAAGAACAUUGCUGGAAAACAUAACGAUGACAUUGCAGCUGUCCUUUUCCCUGAUGAUAUCCAAAGGGGAUUAAAAUUCUGUGAAGACAAAGAGGCUUAUUUUAGGAAAUUGGUGAAGGAAAAAGUGGAGCCUAUAAAGGGUUUAUACAAACUAACAAAAUGGAUUGAAGAUCAUGGAUUGAAAAGAGCAGCUGUUACUAAUGCCCCAAGGCCAAAUGCUGAGCUCAUGAUUUCAACUCUUGGUCUUACUGAUUUCUUCCAUUGUCUUGUCAUUGGUGAUGAAUGUGAGCACCCAAAACCAGCACCUGAUCCUUACUUAAAAGCUCUUCAACUUCUCAAUGUAUCAAAAGCCCAUACUUUCAUUUGUGAGGACUCGGUUUCUGGGAUAAAAGCUGGUGUGGCGGCUGGAAUGCCAGUUGUCGGGUUAUCAACUAGAAAUCCGGAACACAUGCUCAUGACUGCAAACCCGACACUUCUCAUAAAAAAUUAUGAAGAUCCACAACUAUGGGCAGCUUUAGAAGAAAUUGAUAGAAAGAAGACAAGUGGCGCUUAAAAUAGCUUAAAAUAUCGAUCAUUGAAAAAAACACAUUCGUAUAUCUAGAAUCAAACAACAUCAUUGUUCGCCUAAAUUGGAAAAGGCUACCUUAUUCAUAAUAAUCCCAAACUUUUCCCUUAGCAAA